AAAAAAAAAACUAACCAACUAACAAUAAAGCGUAUAAUUGAACGGGAAACAAAGAAAAUAGAGAGCUCGAUGAGGUUCAGCCUCUCGUCACCAGAGAACCAAAUAAGCGCUCCAGGAUGGAAUAAAAGUUGACUGUUAGUAGACUGGUGACUAGACUACCAUAGAAUGUCACUAAACGCUGAUUGGUGAAUUUUUGUCACAUGAUCGUAGCGCGCAAUUUUUCAGUCGAUCACAUAAUCAACAUGGCGGCUCCGUGGGCGCGAAGAGGGUGAAUGAUGAAAUGUCGUAUUCUUUGCCAGAAUGUAGAAUAAAAGCCAGGAAGACACGUCUGUACAUUCUUUGUGUAAGGCUGUGUAGAAUGAACUGGUUUUUUUUUGGCGAAGCUUUGGUUAGUGAUGCAAAAUGAAGAAAUCAAAAGUGAAUCAAGCGACGCUGUUUCAAACCAGUUGGGGUCAUUCAGCUCAAUCUUCCACGUCCAGAAAUCCGAAUUCGAACAGGAAUGAACCGAAUACCAGUCAAGCUCAUAAGGGGGCUUGCAGCUUGUUUGACCCAAACGAAAUGGUAGAGUUGGAAGAUGACGACGACGACGAUGAAUUGCUGGCUGCUGCAGAAGGAAUCAUUCCUUUCGACGAGGCCAAGUUCCGAGCUAAAUACAAUGGCGGUGGACAAAGGAAGGCAACUAACAUUACAUGCAAUCCGGAUGAUGCUGAAGUUAUUCCUGGUUUCGAUCUCGAAGCUGGAAAUGUUUGGAUCUACCCAACGAAUUAUCCUAUAAGGAAUUAUCAGUAUAAUAUUGUAGAACAAGCCCUAUUCAAGAAUACUUUAGUGACUUUACCAACGGGUUUGGGAAAGACUUUUAUUGCGGCUGUCAUCAUGUACAAUUUCUAUCGGUGGUACCCGCAGGGAAAGGUGAUAUUUAUGGCGCCCACAAAACCACUGGUUGCACAACAAAUUGAAGCUUGUUACAAUAUUAUGGGGAUUCCACAGUCUGACACUGCUGAAAUGACAGGAAACAUGGCUCCUAAUAAACGACAAUCCAUGUGGCAGAGCCGGCGAGUUUUCUUUCUCACUCCUCAAGUUCUUCAGAAUGAUUUGAACCGUGGAUCAUGUAAGGCAGAAGAAGUUGUUCUUCUUGUGGCUGAUGAAGCUCACAAAGCGCUUGGAAAUCAUGCCUACUGUCAGGUUGUUCGUGAAAUCUCUGGUUACACCAGGAAUUUUAGAGUACUUGCCCUCAGUGCAACACCUGGAGAUAAUCCUGAGGCUGUCCAGCAAGUCAUCACCAAUCUUUUGAUUUCACACAUGGAGCUUCGUUCUGAAGAGUCAAUAGAUAUCAAGCCCUAUACUCACAGCCGAUUGGUGGAAAAGGUGGUGGUCUCACUCGGAGAGGAUAUUGCUAAAGUUAAGAAUUCAUUUCUCAAGAUCUUAGAAACUAUUGUAGGCCGGUUGUUUUGUCAGCGAGUUCUGUGGAACACUGAUCCUCAGCGAGUCAGUAAAUUUAUGUUGUUGACAGCACGAGAUCAAUACAGGAAACGAAUGAACGAACAAGGAGGAUUUGAUCGUAAUCGUCAGGGGCUGAUUGAGGGGGACUUUGCCAUGUGCAUCAGCCUGUACCAUGCAUAUGAGCUCCUACUACAACAUGGCAUCCUAUCAUUCUACAACUUCAUCAAGGCGAUCAUUGACGGAACGAAAGGAAUGGCGCGGGCUAAGGCCGAAAUCACCAAGAACCACGAAUUUACACAACUCAUGGAUGAAUUACGAGAAGAAAUUGAACCCCCGAUGGAAAGCAGUGCGAAUGAAAGCCUGUUGUUCUCACAGUUUUCGCCGAGAAGGCGUGCUCUUAUGAAUGUACCGAAGCCCAGCACUACAUUCAAAAGUCAUCCCAAGCUAUUGAAACUGAAAGAGAUUGUUCUUGAGCAUUUUGAAAAGUUCCAAGACAAGAGCGGUGAGGAGAAAAAGGGUGUGGCCACGCGUGUGAUGAUAUUCUCUCAGUACAGGGACAGUGUGAACGAGAUAGCGGCCAUGUUAUCUCACCACAAGCCUGCAGUGCGUGUGAUGAGUUUUAUUGGACAGCAAUCAACUGGAAAAAGUACAAGAGGACUGACACAGAAAGAACAGCUUCAGGUUGUCCAGCGGUUUCGUCAAGGAGGGUAUAACACGCUCGUGGCCACGUGUGUUGGCGAGGAGGGCCUGGACAUCGGCGAGGUUGACCUCAUUGUAUGUUUUGAUGCGCAUGCGUCACCAAUCCGUCUGGUACAGAGAAUGGGGCGAACUGGAAGAAAGAGAGAUGGACGAAUAGUUAUUCUUGUUACUGAAGGCAAAGAAGAACAGGUUUACAUGAAAAGUCAGAGGAGCAAAAAGUCAAUUCACAAAGCCGUGACGCAGGCAGCCAAGUCAUUUGAUUUGUACACGAACAAUCACCGCAUGGUUCCGCGGCAGAUCACUCCUGCUGUGCUCAAAAUGGAGAUGACAGUUGGAAAAUUUGUUGGUCAAAGCAAAGGCAAGAAAGAGAAAAGGCCUUCAGACGGAGCAAACAUCAAAAACUUCACUACGAAGUCAUCAACAGCCACAUCCAAGAAGAGUGACGGCUUUUUGACCUACGAAGAAUUGGUUUACUGGCAAGAGCAUUUCAAGCUCCCGGAACACGAAGCAGGCUUGACGCCAAAGCUCUCUGUCACGAAGAAAUCAAGGCGCUCGUUAUCAGAAGCUAAGAAACCUGUCACGCAGCCCUCUCUGUCGGAAUGGCUCCCUUGGCAGACCACACCACAUGUUGUUAAAGCUGUCACGCACUCUCGUCGCACGGAACAUUUAGUUGAACUGUUAGAGUUCACGGAGCUUCAGGGCGGGCGAGGAGAUGACGAUGAAAGUUAUGAUCUAGAAAUGAUGUCGUUUUUGAACGAAGAAGACAUCUUAAAGCCCGGGCAAAAAGAGGAAGAUGCAGAGGAGAUCCUUGUGGUUGAAACUGAUCCGGAUGUUGCUUGCGAGGCAGACGAAGGCGCAAGUAAAAUUACAAAGAAGGGAAAGAAGACUCGAAAGAAACUUCAAAUGGAAGAUGAGACUGACGCGGAAAAUGAUGGACAAAGUUCGAGGAAAGAAGGGAAUGGUGAAAAUGGCAACACUGCAAAGAAGAAGAGUAAGGGAUUUAAAAAGCGCUCCCCGGAGAACAAAGCACGCUGGAAAGCGUUUCUUAAUCAGUUUGACAACCAGGAAGAUGAAGAUUUCGAAAGUGAUGGUGCGAAUGCUGCCGUUGUGCCCGAUGAAGACAAGGUUGUUGAUAAUUGUUUACAAAGAGCGGAUGACGAAGCACUUGACGAUGAUUUGCCAGACAUAGGGGAUCCUUGGAAACCAGAUGAUAAGCCCGCAGGAGUUGAUAACAACCAUACAAGACUGAACGAUAACAACAAAGCAGCAGCGACACACAAAGAAAUAACGCGCACUCAAGAAUGCGAUGGUGAUGAUCUUUCUGAUGCCGCCUCUGACGAAAUGACAAAUCUUUUUCCUGCCGGAACUCCUUACUCUCAGGGUUCUGUUCCAGGUUUUCAGCUACAAAAUGAGCGAUUUCCAUUACUGAUGGCCUCAGUGCCGACGCCGCCCUCACUAGACGCGUUGGACAAGAUGAGUUUAUCGUCUGCAGACGUAGAACCUGAGGAGUUUAACAUGGACUUUGAAGAGAUUCAGCGAAAAUAUUUUGGAGAAAAACCGUUUGAAAAAGACGUGAUGGAUAAAUCAGAACCAGUUUCACCGAGUUUGUCACCGAGGGUUUGUUUUGAAAGUGAGUUAGAACCAUUUCUCAUGGGAGACUUUCUUCAAGACGAGGAGAAAAAUACUGACGCUGAAGCAAGUGAAGGCGAAAUGCUAAAAAUGAUUCGUAAUGAGAAGAAAGGUCGGGUUACCUCGACUUCAGAUUGUUCUUCAGAAACUGCAACCAAAACCCGUAUUGACAAACCUACCCGUGGAGAAAUGCGAUAUCGAAAUUCUGAAAACCAGAAUUCUAAAUCUGAAUAUGAUUUACGUGGAGAACAAGGCUCGCGAGAAAUCGCGAAGGGGUUCAACAAUCGUGGCGGCACGAAGGAUCGUGACACGCGUGGAAUCUCGAAUGAUAUUGUGGCUGACGUAGGUUGCGAGAGUCCAAUAAAAGGAGAGGAUGCUACUAUUGGAGAAGCCUUCUUCAUGGACGUGACUGACGAUGAUGUCGCUUUCACGAACAUAACGCUGCCCGAAGAUGAUAACGUUGGUGUGAAUGACACCAAAAGCGACCAACGCAAAGACACUGGUCAGAAAGACCUGCUGCUGGAAAGUGAAUGGGUGAGCAAUAAAUCAGCGAAUGUAACAGAAUCGGACGUAAAUGUGUCUGAAACCAGGUUAGGAACGUCAAAACAUGUUGACAAGAGCAAUGUCGCUGCCGCCGGACAAUGUGUAGCUUCAGGUGACGUGGAUCUUAGAAAGUCUAUUAGCAAACUGAGUGCUUUUCAACGCAGUUCCACAAACAAUCAAGAUUCUCACUCUGAAGAGGAGAAAAUUGGUGUCCUGAAAAAGGAAGAAAAAACGUUGCCGAUGGAACCAAGAUCAACUUUACAUGUCCGUACGAGAGGCGAGCACUCUAACUCAAAUGCUAUUUACAGUGAGGCAGAUGUAGGUAUGCUGGAUGCUAGCAGGAGUUCAGGGGCAGCUCCACCUUUAGCAACGAACUUGUCAAACAAAGUACUGUCUAGCAGGUUAGGUAUGAAACCAAGUAAUCACACGGGCGCUUUUCGGGACGGGUUACCCUGUCGGGACAGCGAAGGGGAACGACCCGAGAGAAAAUCGCAUUUGACUGGAUUAACAAGUAGAGAGAGGGUCGCAAGUGGAAAUGACGAUGUUGGUGACAAUAUUGGGAACAAUGUCAGUGGCAAUACAAGUAUCAAAACUAGAGAUGAGGAGGGUGACGGUGGUGACAUCACUGGUAACAAUGUUAGUGACAAUGCUUGUAGGACACCACUUCCAAAGAAGCUUAAGCUGAGCUUAAAAAGAACCUCUCCUAAAGACAAAGGAAUGCCAGCAACGAAAAGGCAGGAGAAACAUUUUCCCGUUAACGAAUUAAAAUCAAUAGACUUUGGUGCAUCAAGAUCGCUAAACAUGAACCCAAAGGAGGAGAAUUUCUGCUCUGCGAACUUAAACGAGCCUGAGGCGAAAUCUUCAUCAUUGGCCAUGAAACAUAAGGACUCGGAAAUGUCAGUGAAACACUCUCUUGCAAUGGGUACGGCUCUCGGAGGCCCAUCACUGGACUGUGAAGACCUCUCAGCAAAUUCUACAAAUUUACGAACUGAAAACGGUAAUGUGGUGGCGGUAAUGGACAGCGAUGAUGACGAUGAAGAAGACAUCCGUCCUGUCGGGAAGGCGAGUUCUCGUAGGAGGCAAGCUUUCUCCAGCCCGUGUUCUCAAGGCUUCAAAAUACCGGCCAAUCCUGGAAAACAAGGUGAUAACCAGCUAAAUGGUUUGUCGUCUCGUCAUCUUCAACUGGUCUCCGAGAGCGACGAGGAGUUCGAAACUGAUAAAUCGGCAGGUCGAAGCCGACCUGAGGCGAACUCUGUCCAAGUUCAAGCCAGGGCUCAGAAGAGAAAUUCUCUUGAAAUUACGUCAAAACAAGGUACACGGAAGUCGCUGGACUCUUUCAGGAAGAAAAACGGCAAAAGAUUCCGCAAUAAUCAUUUCCUAGACGACGAAGCAGAAUUAUCCGGCACUGACAUCAAUGACUUCUCGUCGGAUGAAACAGACGGCGAAGACGAGGACGAAAUGGACAGCUUUAUAGACGAUGCCACACAGCUGACACAAAGAACUCCUUCAGCUACAAAACCGCGACCCACCAGCUCGCCUAUGGACAUGAUGGCGGUUUAUAGACAAUCUCUAAUGAGUCCUCUCUGUGGCGCGUUGAAUUUUAGAACGCCUGCGUUUCAUAAGCAAAGAAGUAAGUACAAAAUGGUUUACAAGUACAGAGCUGAUGAAGAAGAUAGCCAGUCCGCUUCUGAAGCUGAAGAAACCUACGAAACAGUGAGCGUUCUUGAAAACGAGGGCGAAGCAGUGAACGAAAACGAGGCAGAAAGUGAGCAUGAAAAUGAGGCCAUUAGGCGUGGAGGUGAGAGCGCUCAAGCUAACGCUCACGCACGCGCAGACGCACCAUUCGAGGAAAGUCAAAUUGGGCGCCCUGUUAAACGUAUGAAGAGGAAGCGAAUUUUAGACGAUAGCUGUGACGAAGACGUGUCACCCAAAUUAAACAAACAGCGAAAUUUGUCAGAAACUUGCGACAAGGAAAAUAUUUUCGAGAAUAACGCGUUGGCUGUCCCAGAAAGUAGUAAGGCGCAAAUGAGUGUGGCUCGGCAACGGAAGAGUGGUGCAUUUGGGAACUUUUCAAUGAGACCCACGGCAGUAGGACAUCCUUUUCAAGGUGACUUUGUCAAGUCAUCCGAAGCUUUAGCCAAUAAAAAGAGCUUGCGUGACAACACUUCGACCUUGAGGCGGUCAGAGGCCAGCAAAGGGAACAUGCGCAGAUCGGGAGCUUUCGUUGAUGAAUGGAACAAUGACAUCAGUGACAGUGAGUUGUUGGUCGCUCUUGAAGACAAAGUUGAACAGGCUUCCAUUGAUAGAACAUCUGUGAAGAGCUCGAAGCCACAAUCAAACGACAAAUUUCACGAUCAGGACUUCAAAGAAAAUCCAGACGCCAUGGAUAUGACAGAUAACGACGUCUCCAUGGAAAUCAGCACACUUCCAAAUUUCUCCCUUGGCUUCGACUUUUUGUGGGAAGUAACCUCUACGAACAGCGAGAGCGAGGAAGGCAGGAACUCUGCGAAAGACAACGCGGUAACAUUUUUUAAACAAAGGAAUGAAAACUGUACUGGGUCUAUUAACAGAUAUAAUGGCGCAGAGGUUCCAAAUUUCACCAAGAUAACCCAGCAUUCCAGACAAAACUCGGAGAUAUCUUGCCCGGAGUUCAGGGGUCAACUUACGGUGAACAAGGUCAACAUUGAGCAGAUGUCGUGUUCAGCCUUGGAAUCAACAAAAGCUGUACCACGGAAAGUCACAAACUCAAACAUCUUUGGUGGAAGUUCGGUUGUUUCUGAUCAGAGACAGGUUUUUAACAAUUCACUGACGGCGCAGAAUAAAAGUUCCUCACACAACGGUGGUCAGCUUUCUGCUGCCAAUCCGCAUGCAAAGUUGCAAGUUGUUACGCCAUCAUGUCGUCCCAAUAAUGUCGGUACCAGGCCCACGAUUAGUCCGCUACUCACGUCAUCUCAGAAAGACAAGGGAAAGACCGUCAUUUUGGUUGACACUCGGGAGAUCUCCAGUUCUCAGGUGGUAUCGCUAUUGCGCCUAAAACACAACAUCAGGGCGGAGGUGUGUCAGCUGACCAGCUGUGACUACAUUGUCAGUAACAGAAUGGCUGUCAAGAGAAAAACAGCUUCCGAUGUUGCGAACGGAGCCAACAGUCAGAAGCUUGUGGAGUACAUGCGCCGGAUGUGUGAUCUGUACGACAGGCCGUGCUUGAUUAUUGAAAAAGAUCGCGUCAAGCCUGGCGAAACAGAAAAGCACUUCAUUAAAAGCAAAGCCUAUAUCCUCACCCUGACAAGCAUCGCACAGACUCAUGUCAAGAUCAUAUUCAGCGAGUCCCAAGACGAGACGGCUCGCCUUCUGACGGAUCUCGCGGACAUUGAAACUAAAAAGGGAACUGCCAUCACUGCAUGUAUUGCUCUCAGCAAAGAGAGAGAACAGGUAUUCCGUGUUGUACAAAGUAUUCCGCGAGUGAGUUUCGUCACUGCUCUCAAUCUGUGUUCGUCCUUCAACACGCUCCAGGAAAUUAUUAACAGCACUGCGACUGAACUUGAGAGAAGAACCCCCGGUCUUUCAAAUCCGCGUGCAGCCGAGAUCCACAAAUAUCUUCGACACAAGUUUAAUUCCGACAUGUUAGCUGUAAAGAAAUAAAAUGCCUUUUUCAAGUUUCGUGAUUGAACUGUACUGUGUAGAAGCGUAUCUCGUUCACUAACAGCUUGCGUUAUUGAAAAUACGGUUCUAAUCAAUUGUGUCAUAUGAAGAAAGUUACAGUUUAGGAAAUAUAGUAAAAUAUUUUAAUUCAUGGAAAAACGAAUGAAAAACAAGGGGUAUAACAUGCAAGAAUACUCCUAAUGUAAUUGGAAUUUUAAAAUUAAAAAACCGGGUCAAUAUGGUAAAAUAAAUGUUUGUGAAAACCUUGGUUUUUGACUCCUCGUUUGCGUGCGUUUAUUUGUAAAGAUUCUCUCAUAAGGGACGGACCAUUAUGUUUUUGAGGGACGGCGGGGGAGGUGUUGGGCAAUUUUCUGGGGCGUGAGAUUUUUUUCACUCCUUUAGGUUGUGCACGAU